AUGGAAUUUUUGCCUCGGUUUCUCCCUCAGAACAUUGGGCCCNUGGAGCUGGAGCAGAGCCGCCACCGCGACCUGCUGCUGCUGCCCGAGCUGCGCGACUCCUACGAGAACCUCACGGCCAAGGUGCUGGCCACCUACGUGUGGCUGGACGCGCACCUGGACUUCCAGUUCGCCCUCAAGGCGGACGACGACACCUUCGUGCGCUUGGACGUGCUGGUGGAGGAGCUGAGGGCCAAGGAGCCGCGGCGCCUCUACUGGGGCUUCUUCUCGGGCCGCGGGCGGGUGAAAUCCGGGGGGAAGUGGAAGGAGAGCGCCUGGCUGCUGUGCGAUUAUUACCUGCCCUACGCGCUGGGCGGCGGCUACGUGAUCUCCGCCGACCUGGUGCGCUACCUGCGCCUCAGCAGGGACUACCUGAACCUGUGGCAGAGCGAGGACGUGUCCCUGGGCGUGUGGCUGGCGCCCAUCGACGUGAAGAGAGUGCACGACCCCCGCUUCGACACCGAGUACAAAUCGCGCGGCUGCAGCAACAAAUACAUCGUGACUCACAAGCAGAGCAUCGAGGACAUGCUGGAGAAGCACCAGACGCUGGCCAAGGAAGGGAAGCUCUGUAAGGAGGAGGUGAAACUCAGGCUUUCCUACAUGUACGACUGGGGAGUGCCUCCCUCGCAGUGCUGCCAGAGGAAGGACGGCAUCCCCUGA